AAUUGAAGCAAACAUGGAGAUGAAGCUGCUUUGGUUGUACUUUGGGAUUGCAUUCCUAGCCUUGGCCAUUUUGAUGCCAAAUGGAUGGGCUCAAGACACUUCAUGCCUAAACCAGCUUGCUCCUUGUCUAAACUACCUUAAUGGAACCCGAAACCCACCUGACAGUUGUUGUAACCCUCUGAAAUCUGUGAUCAAAUCCAAUCCAAAAUGCUUGUGUAAUUUGAUAAGCAUCAAGAGCAGCAGAAAAGCUGAGCAGGCUGGUAUCAACGUGAACCAGGCCCAGAUGUUACCUGGAAGAUGUGGACAAAAUGUCAACCCCAUCUCCUGCCUUUCAGUUUCAAGUUCUCCUAGUGGACCUAGUCCCAGGGGCUCAAGUUCAAACUCUGCAAGCAUAUCCUCUUUCCAGUCCAAGUGCAUUAUACUAAUCACAGCUUUAUCAAUAGCUCUUCAGAUUUUGUGGGCACCAUGCAUGUAGAAGGGUGACUUGAUCACGUAUAACAAGAAGUUUGAUCACUUGGCUAUAUUAGAUCAAGAAACUUGUUUCUACUCUUCAGCUCUCUCAUCUAUGAACAAGUGAUUUCUUAUUGUUUCAUCUUCUUUCUCACAACAAAAUGUGUUUCUAUAAGCUAGUCUGAGAAUUAUUUAUUUGUAAAACUAUUAGAUCCUUGAAAUUUGUGUGUGCCAUGUUAAUGAGUAAUGUAUCUUCUCAACCAAAAAAAAAAAGAAAAAAAAAUGUUAAUGAGUAAUG